AUGCCUUCUGGAGAGCCCCAACAAGUCCCCCCAGACAAUACUUUCUGGGAUGUCAUAGAUGAUCUCUUCAAAGAGCUAAUGAAAAUGGGCCAAGAUCAGCUCAAAAAGGGUGUUCUUCCGACGCCUUCGUAUCUCCAGCCAGGCGCCCACGAGACGCUCUUCUAUUGCCAUAAAAUUGCACAAGGCUCUAUCGUAGCAAGGAUUUGCCUCCGUCAUGAGCACAACCUAGACUAUCCUGUGGCCCUCUAUAGUAGCAACAUGGACAAGUCGAAGGAACUCUUUGAGGCAAACCUAGUAGCGCUGCAUACGGCAGCAGAGAAAACGAACCAUGGAGGUCCUACUAGGAAAGCGGGUACAUCGGAGAACCCUCAUGAUACUGGAUGGAUCCAUCUGUUCGUUGAAGAAGAUGUUGAACUUAGUCAUGAAACUUUCGGGGACAUCGGUGACGGCGCUCCGAUGAUGCCGGGUUUUGGAGUUACUGCUGUCUUUAAGGUGGAUAUAAAGAAGAGUUAUUUGCAGGGGCUACGAGAGCAGCGGAGUGCGGGGCAUAUAAGUGAAAAUGGGUCGAUGAGUAACGAAGUCGUGAACGGUAGCGACAACGGUACGGUCAGCGGUACUACGGACGAUUAUACAAGCGAACAUUCGGACGGUGCAAUCGAUAAUUAA